AUGGGACUGAACUACACGCGUGGGUCGACCAUCAUCAAGACGACGACGACGAAAAACAACAACAGCGAUCAUCGUCGAGAAGUUCCUAAAAGAGACGACGAAGAGACGGAGACGAGAAUACGAGGUGAAAGCAGACACCCGACGAACGUUUUGCACGUUUCGAACAUCUCCCCGAGACUGACGGGACACCACGUGAGGGAGAUUUUCAACGCGUACCAACUCAACGAGAAGAACGAACAUCGCGGGAUCGAAAACGUCUCCUUCGGCCACGGGAGGAAGUUUUGUCGCGUGCAAUUUCGGGAGCUGGAAGACGCGGAAUACGCGAGGGAGAACUUGGACGGCGGGGAAAUCGACGGGAGGGAGAUUAAGGUAGCCUUUGUCGAUUCGGUGAGUUGCGUCGAGAAGGGAGGAGUCGGCGGCGGCGCAGCGGAGGAGGAGAGGAGAGGAUUUGGCGGCUUUGGAGGGUACGAGAAUAAUAGGAAUAACACGUUCGAUAAUAAUAACGGUAGAGGAGAUAGCGGUACUUUUAGAGGGAGGAGGAGAGAUUUCGGCGGCGGCGGGUAUACUACGAACAACAACGCCAAUAACGGAACGCACGCCGCCAGAGAAUACGGCGGGAGACGAACGUCGCGGUCGCGUUCGCCUCCGCGGAGAAGAGAUAGCGGAACGUACAGAGGAAGAGACAGAGAUAGAAGACGAGGGUAUUCUGGAUCUCGAUCUCGUUCGCCUCCUUCGGCGUCUCGUUCUCGAUCUCGGUCUCGCUCUCGCUCGAGAGAGCGGUACGGCCGAAGAGGCCGAGUUGAACGAAGUAGACGACGCCACGAUCGUUCGCGAUCUCGAUCGCCGCCUUCGCGAAGAAGAAAGUCGUCUGGGAGUUACGACGAUGACGACGAUAAAGAUAACGCGAUGGAUGAUGGCGGUAAACAAGGACGCCGAAGGUCAUCUCGGAGAGACGCGCCGUACCGACGAAGAAACAGGUCGCCAUCGCAUUCGCGUUCAAGGUCUCCAGACAAGCGAAGAGGAAGAGGAAGGAGAGGUAAUCGAGAGUAUUCGGAGUAG